AAAGUGUUUAAAUUCAUGUAAAUCAAUAAAAAAACUCAAAAGAUAAAUUGUAAUGUGUCAUGAAACAAGUUAAAAACAUAUAUAUUAUCUAAUUAAGCGUGGAAAAUGGAUCGAAUGGAGAAACAAUGUAAAGUUACAAAAACAAUACCCAUAUUGUCAACAGUAAAUCAUUUUCUUCAACAGCAGUAUGAUACUUUCGAAAAUGAGUCUCCAAAUUUCGUAUCAAAAGGCGGUGUAACAAAAGAUUUAAAAUAUGCAUGGAUUGUAAAUGGUCCUAAAUUUCAAGUAAUUGAAGUUCAGAGUGGUUCACGAGUAGCGUCAUGGUUAUUUGAUGGUAUUUUACGUGAUAAACGAUCUCGUAUUACGUGUGUGGCUGAAUUACCGAAUAAUAAUGGUUCACCACCACUGUUUGUAAUAGGUUUAGAUUGUGAAACAUCAGGUGGAAUGAUAUAUAUUUUUAAUAUUAUGGGCAGUAAAAUUAUGCGAGCCAUCCAAUUAGAUGAUCGAGUUUGUAAUUUACAUAUUAUUGAUUCUGGUGAUAAUAUCCCUGGUAUUUUAAAAAAUUUGGACGGAAUAAUAGCGAUCGGAACUUGCGGGGGUGAUACAUUUUUAAUAGAUCUUUGUAAACAAAUGUGGAUAACUGAAAACAUAUUCGAUGAAAUAAAUUAUAGUAAAUUAUUGAAACGACCAUGUAAUCGAAUAAAUCUGGGAGCAUUAGAAUCUUAUAGAUCUCAUGCCAUUCAAAACAAUGAUCAUUUAGCUUUGCAAUUAAAUGUGUCAACAAAUUCUUUAUUCUUACUAUCAACACCACAAGGUACCGAUGCCUUACAAUUACCUCGGGAUAAUGUGCGUAUUAGUUCAUUUUUGUAUGUUCCAAAAUUAAUAUCGAUACUUGUUGGUUACAAUUUUGGUGCAUGGCAAAUAUAUAAUUUACUCACGCUGGAAUUAGAAUAUACAUCGCCAGUUUAUGAUGAAAUUGUUCCUGUUUCACAUUUUGCAUAUCAGGAACCUUCAGAUGAUCCAAGAGCAUUUUGUUAUGUUUGGGCUGUUUAUAGUAAUGAUAUUGAAUCAAAACAUGCAUCAGUGCCAUUGGCAGCGAUGUAUGCGUUAGCAUAUGAAAGUAAAGACAAUAUUGAAUUUUAUGGCACUUUAUAUCAGAAUUUUAUGUCAUGUUCAUUACGCUUUCAAAUGGAUUUACUACCAAUAAAUAAUGGAGCACAAAAUGCUAAGGGUGGCCAUUGUAUUAGUUUACAAACAUGUAUGAUAAAUUCAUUGAAUCAUGUUGAUAAUAGCUGUGAUCAUAAUUUAACAUUAUGUAUGAUUGUGUGGAGUGUUUGGUCGGAAUAUGAUAAUGAGCCUAAUAUUGUUAUGGCUAUCAUUGAUUUAGAUCAAUGGUACAAAGAACAAAUGCCAGCUACUAUACGUAAUCACGGAAAUGAAUGUUAUAUAGCACAAUUUGAUCUAUCACGUAUAUUAAACAUUGAUGAUAGUUUAUCAAUUUUUGAUGUAAAUAUUGAUUCAACAAGUAUAAACCCAUUUACUACUGUGCAGCGUCUGGAAGAGCACUAUUAUCCUACAGCUUUAACGUUUGAUUUUGUUGUGAUGCAAAAAUCAGAAUUUACAUUCAUUAAAAAUAAUGGUUUACAACGUACGUUAUUGUUAGCAUUGGAAAAAAAUGGUGUGAAUAGUUUUUUAAAUGCACAAAGUUUGGCACGUAAAUGUUUUGAAGCUGGUCUCCAUUCAACUUGUAGUUCGGAUAUAUUGUCACCAAAAUUAAAAUCACAACAUAUAUCAUCACCACAUACACAUUUGCUAUCAUUAGCAUUAGAGUAUAAUUUAAUUGGUUUAUUAACAUCGUGUGCUGAAGAAUGGGCGACGGGUGCUUACGCGAGUGCUGGUUGUACAUUGGGUGUAUUUGUUGAAUGGGCAACACAACGUUCAGAAGUUUUACAGCAAAAAGCCAAUGAAUUAUGUGUCUCACUGUUUGAUUACUCUGACAUAAAUUUAGAUUGUAAUGCACGUAAAAUAUUAGAUCAAUGUGCAAUACAGAUGCAUCAUUUAAGUUCAGUAUUUAAACUAAUUAAAAAGAAUUGUACCGAAUAUUUAAAUUCGAAUGCAACAAUUGAAAUAAAUGAACAAUUACGUGCAAUUCAAAUGUUUAGUGAUCGUUUAGAAGUUUUACAAUGGUUGUUAAAUGUUGGUCUAUUACCUGAAGCACCAAUUCAAUCAUAUGAUUCAAUUGCUGCAAAUGAACGUAUGAGAGCACCAUAUCCUAUUGAAGAAUUAUAUAAAAUUUAUAAUGAAAGACGAUCACAAUUAAAUGAAGAUCCUAAUCCAACAAGAGCAAAAAAUAAAUCAUGUGAACUAUUAUUUAUCGAUAAUUUAAUUGAAUAUGAAUGCGGUGGUGAACGAUUACGUAAUGAAUGGCGUUGUGAUACAAAUAUAAAUGGUUUAUAUCCACCACCGUCAAUUCAAGCAUUACUUCGUACAUAUUUAAUUGAUAAUGUGGAUUUGAAAUUUAAACAUACAAUAUUAGUAUACGUCUUCCUAGAUUUAGCUGUGACGCUAGAUCAAAUGAAAUAUGAAUCAAUUAUAACACAUUUAAUUAAAUUCCCAGCUGUAUUUCGUUUAUCACCUUGCCAUAUAAAAAUGACACAAGCAUUUUGGCAAUUGGAUCAUGGUGAUUUUACGACUGGAAUGGAACAAUUAUUAGAUCCCCUGAUUGGCGGUGGUACUACACAAGAUGAAUUUAAACCAUGGCAGCAUCGAACUGUAUUAAGAGCAUUGUUAGCAAAUAAACAACACAAAUAUGCUGCUUUGUAUAUUCAAAUUCGGCAACCACCGUUUACAGAUUUGGAUGAAAUUGUUAAUGCAAUGCAUCUUUUAUUAUCAAAUAACAUGCUACACGCGGCAUUUGAAUUUCAACGUCGUCAUCAAACUGUACAUAAUAAAUCACAUCUACUUGAGAAAUUUUUUGAAGGAUGUUUACAAGAAAAUUUAAUAACAUCUGCAUUGAAAUUAUCGUUAUCACAAGAUGAGGAAGAUAGUUUAAUCAAAAUGUUAAAAAGGCAGAACAAAGAUGACAUUCAUUUACAGUUAAUAUAUUACUUACAACGUUCAAGAGGUUUUGAUGUGUUAAGAGUUGGUGAUCAAUAUUACCAUGACCAUCAACGUGGUAUCCGUGGUACUAAAAUGGGUUUAAUUGGACAAAAUUCAUUACAAUUACCACAAAUAUUAUUAAGUACAUAUGCAAGUGUUAUGCCAAGUAUUACUAAAAAAAUUUAUGAUGAUUUCCGAACAGAAAUUGUAGAGCAAAAACUACAAAUAAGAAAUAAAGUUCAAGCACCAACACCAAUGUCAGUUAAAAUAAAAGAAUCAAAUAAAACAAUUAAAUAUAAAUCGAAUACAAUAGUAAAUAGUAUAAAUAAAAUAAGAGAAAUUUGGUCAUUGGCUGAUGCCUUUAGUGAUAAUAAAUGUUUGGAAUCGACGCCAUUUUUAUGCACACCAAAACGAAAAAUACACGAAUGCCAAUCUGUAACUCCUGUAACAUUUCCAAAAGUAACUUAUCAAAAUCAAGAGAAAAAUUUAAAGAAACGUGCAACUGAUGAUAAUUUUGAUGAUGAGUUAACAUUACAAGAACAAAAUCCAAGUAAAAGAUUUAGAUUUUCUUCUAACGAUACAAUGUCAGAUGUAAGAUUAAUAACAUCAUCAUCUAGUCUUGCUGGUAUACAAAAACAAAAUCAUACCGCACCAGAGAAGCUUUUACUUACGCCGAUUGUUAAACGUAAAUAUUCGGAAUCACCGAAAAGUUUAGCUAGUGGAUCAUCAAAUCUUCCAAGUAUAUUGAAGAUUCGUCAUACUAAUGUGAAAACAAAUUCAACUAGAGGAAGAUCAAUUACACCACAGUUAGAAGAAUGUGUGGAUUCUUCAAGUGAGGAAUCAUCGUCGAUAAAGUCAUCCCCUAUUAAAGAGAAUAAAUAUCCAAGUGAUAAUCAAUUACAUGAACACAUUGAAUCCAUAGAAGAGGAAGAAAAAUCAUGUACGAGUUCUAAAUUGGGAGCAACACCAAGGAAGAAUUUGAUUCGAACACCACGUCCUGUCGUACAUUUUGAAGAUGCCUCACCCAGUGAAGCUAUUAUACAAACAUCUGAAACAGCUACAGAUGACUCUCCUUCAAAAAAAAUUGAAACGAGAUUAUCCAAGAAAAAUAAUUCAUUGGUAGAUGCUAGUAAUAUUCAUUACCAAUCACAAGAAUCUAAAUUACGUGAAGAAGAAAUGAAAAGUGUUGCACGCAAAUUGAGCCGUUCAUCAGCAAGUCCAUAUAAAUCAAUAAAACCGCGCAAAUCAUUGCAACGCACUGUACUCGAAAGUUCAUUAGUGAAAAAUAUAACACCAGUUUUAAAACGUUCAAAACGUAUUGCAAAUCGACGAGCAUCAUCAGAUGUUGGUAAUAGUGAUCAUGAAACUAUCGAAACUGAUAAUGAAAGUUUUGAAAAAAAUGUUACCAUAUGUUCAAGUCCAACAUUUAUUGAAGAUAAUUCACCAUCUCCAAAAAAAUUAUCAAAACGUACAAUUGAAGAUAAUUCUCCGUCUCCAGGAAAAUCAUCAAGACAUAAAUUAAAAAAUGAAAAUUUUGUAGAAAUUAUGGAAGAAAAAUAUGGUCAUGCAACAGGAAGUAGUUUUUCGUCAAAUAAUAAUUCAUCCAAUGAUAGUGUUAUGAUUAAUACGAACUUAAUUGACAAUGACAAUUCAAAUGUAACUGAUAGUUUUAUCAAUCGUAUGAAUAAGAAAUAUUCAAAAAAUAUUUCGGUUUCUUCAGAUGAUUCCGAAGAUCUCGAAAAUCUAAGUAUUGGAAAACCUAAACAGAUUAUAACGAUAAUUGGCGACCUAAUUGCGGAAACAAAAGAAGAUGAAAAAAAUGAUGAAAUAUCACUUAGUUUUAGUACAUCUAAAGAAGUCAUUGUUACAAAUACCACUGUUACGAAUACAAAUAUUUUGGAAGCCACUGAAGAUAGCAUUGUAACGGACAGUUUUAUAGAAAGAAUGGAAGCUAAAUUCAAAGAAAAUAACCCAAAUAAUUCCACUAUCGACUUUGAUGAAAGUAGCUUAGAAAUUUCGAAAACAAUUACAAGAACACAGGGUGACAGCCUUGUAACAACAAAUUUAAAGAAGGAACAAACCGAGGAAAGAACAGAAAGAAGAAAGGAACAAACCGAAAGUUGUAUAACAACCAAUUCAAAGAUUAUUGUUAAUGAUAAAAUGUCAAAAUCUACUGAAACAAAUAAUCGUAAAUCAUUAUUUGAGCCACAAAGAGAUGACAGUGUUGUGACUGAAAGCUUCCUUGAACGUAUGACGGCGAAAUAUGCUUGUGAAGAAGAUGUAUCUAGUUUUGAAGAAAUCAGUUUUGAAUGUCCGAAACCGAUACCAAAAAUAUUAAGUGAAAUGAUUGCUGAAACUGUUGAGCCAAAACAAGUUGAUAUAAAAAUGGAGGGAAUAAUUACUAAAGCGUCAAAUGAAAACCAAACAUCACACGAAAUUAAGUCCAACUUAUACGCCGAUGAUGAUAGUUUGGUCACGGAGAGUUUUAUCCAACGAAUGGAAAAUAAAUAUGAAAGUUGCGAAUCGUUGGCAAGUAAUGUUUCCGUAGCAAAUUCAACUUCCAUUUACAAUUCAAUUGACGCAAAUAAGAACUCGGACCUUUUAAGUAGUAAAGAAACAUCAAGUGUUUAUUGUUCGGUUGAAGAAAGUGUUGAGAAUAAUAAAAAUUCAGUAGAAGACGCUCUUGUUUCUGAUGAUGAUUAUAGCUUUCGAAUGGACGUCGAUGAUGACGAAGAUGAAGAUGAAGGACAAGAUCAAGAUAACUCCAUUUCAUCUAAAGAAAGUUCCAAACAUGAUAUUACAGAUGAUAGUGAAAGUGAUAUAGAAGUUGAAAAAUCCGAAGAAGAUUCUUCAGAUCAUGAAAAAGAAUUUCAACAAGAUCCUAAUGAAAUUGUUGAAAUUUCGUCUGAUGAAGAUGAAAAUAAUGUUGGCUCAUCAAACAAUGAAACGGAAGAGUCAAGUGAAUUUGAAGAAAAAAAUAGUUCUGAUUCUAGUAAUUCUUCGUUAUCAAAUAGCCAGGAUAACGAGAUGAAAGAGAAUGAUAAAAUAGGUUUUAAUAAGUGCAUUGUUUUCGAAAAAAAUUCAUCUGAUCAUGAUUCAAAUGAAAAUGUAACUGCUGUUGAAAGUAUAAAUGAAAUUAUUGAAAUUAGUGAGUUAACGGAAGAAGAAGAAGCGUGUAAUGUUUACGAAGAUCUUGAUGUAGAAGCUGUUGUAGAAAUACAAGAAGAUAAUGAAGAAAACAAAGUUGAGGAUAAUCAAACAGAUAAAGAAACUGAAGUUAUUGAAAUACUUGCAGCCCAACAAGAAUUAGAAAGUGAAACUCAAUCUCAAGAAAACAAUAAUGCCAUAGAAAGUAUUGAAAUACCUGCAGCCCAACAAGAACUAGAUCAUGAAAUUCAUUCUCAAGAAACCAAUAAACCGGUAGGGACAGAUGAAAUUUCACAAAACGAACUAUUAGAUGAUAGUAUUGAAAUAUCUGUAGCACAACAAAAACUAGAAAGUGGAAUUCAAUGUCAAGAAACCAAUAAAGCCAUUGAAACAACUGAAAUUCAACAAAAAGAUUUAAAAAUCCCAGAAGAAUCUGAAAAACUGAUUGAAGCCUUGGCAACCAACGAAAAUCAACAACAAAUUGAAAAUCAAAAUAAUUCAAACGAAAAUUUAUUAAUCAAUACUAUUUCAGAUGUACACGAUGAACAGAAUUUACAAAAGAUAACAGAAAUUGAAAAUCAAGAAAAUAAUAAAAAAAUUGUACAUCAACAAGAAAUGCUAAAAUUAAAAAUACAAGAAACCAAUAUUACAACAACCACGGGAAAUGAAUCAGAAUCACAAAAUAAAGAAGUUUUAACGACCACUGAAAGUACUAAAGAAAUUGAUGAGACUCGAACAAAUUUGGAACAAUCGGAAAAAGUUUCUGCAUUAAAUAAAAUUAAUGAAACUGAUGAAAAUCAAUCGGAAAAGGAAAAUAUUGAAGAAAUAGUUACUGUGAAACCACGUCGACGAACACGCCAAAGCUCAGUAGAUAGCUAUAAAUCUGAAACUCCAUUACCGGUGGUAAAAAAACCGACCUCAAGGACUCGUCGUGCCACAUCAAUUGAUAUUAGCAGUCCAAGUACAACAAUAACAACAAAUGCGAACACGCCAGAAAAACGAGUGACACGUUCAUCGUCUGAUAUGAACGUAUCACUAAAUCAAUCAAAAGUGAUAAAUUCAAAAAGUAUCGGUACUACUCGUCGUCAAUCUUUACGUAGUUCUCACAGUAAAGAUGAUGAUGCUGAUAAGUCAAUACUAGAAGAGUAUUCAACAUCACGUCGAUUGACAAGAAAACAAAAAACUAUGUUAGAAAAAACAAUGUCUGGAAAAACGGAAUUGCCAAAAGUAUUGUCUAAAAAAAUAGAACACAAUGAUUCUGAUGAGAAUAGUGAUAAUAGUGAUGAAGAUGAAAUGCGUGGACCUAAUAUUGAAAAAAUUGAUCCAAUUAAAUUAUUGGAUAAACAAAGUUUUGAGGGUCCCGAGGAUCCAGAAGAACAAAAAUUACUUCUUCAACGAUCGCCAGCGUCGAGUAUAAAAACAACCAGCUCAUUCCAGUCAAUAGAUAAUACGGAGAGUCGUUCAAUAAUAAGGAAUUUACGAUCUAGAAGUAUCGAUUUUGAUAUUCCAUCGGAAACUAAUAAAUUUAAAAUAAAAUCGUCGUCUAGUUCCGAUAUUGUAGGCGUUACAACACCAAAACGGCGAGUGUCUAGAAGAUUAUCACAGUUAUCUUUAAAUCAAACUCCCGAAAAAGAUGAAGUGGCUAGUGAAAGUGGAAUUCAAAUAAGUACACGAUCGAAGAAUCAUAUAGCUAAGCUUAAAGAUUUAAGCCCAGAUGUUAAACGAUCCCCCAGGCGAAGUAGUCGUCUUAGUUCACCACAGUUGACACCAUUAGCCGAACAUAAAGGUCCGAGCACUAGCAUAAAAAGUACACGCAGAUCCAUCUUACAAUCUGAUUUACCGAUAAUAUCUGAAGAAAGUGUUGAACAAGGAACAACUACGAAAAAACGUAAGGAAAUCGCAGAGCAUGUUGAUUCACCUGCAAAACGUAAUCGAUCCAAAUCUUCUGAUGUUGGAAAAACGUCAAUUAAAGAAGAAAUAAAACCGGUGACAGCAAAUCGGCGAAAAAAGAUUUGAGUAUACGAUAAGUAAAAAGUUUGUUAAAAUGUUAACUAUUAAUUAAUUGUUUAUUAAAGUAAAAAUGG